ACAAACCCUAGUAAAUUCUCUUUCAUCCUUUUCAAAAACAUUAUUCUUUUGAGCCACUCCUUCAUGCACGACAGUUUCUUCUUUCCGUUUUCCUCUCUCGCUCACGACUCUUGGAGAUUUAACACAAUCUUCUUUGUGCGGUAGAGAUUUUUCCUAACAAAUCUGAGAAGAGUCGAGGAAAAAUAAACCAUAGUUCUGCAAUGGCAUCUCGAGUUUCACUAAAGAGCAGAGGCAAAGAAGGGAAGGGAUCUAAAGGUUCGGAUGAGAAAUCAACUGCACAGUGCUUGAAAGAGUGGAGCACAUGGACCAUGAAGAAGGCCAAAGUGAUAACUCAUUAUGGCUUCAUUCCUCUGGUGAUCAUCAUUGGCAUGAACUCUGACCCCAAGCCCCAACUUUAUCAGUUUCUAAGCCCUGUCUGAUUCGGUUACUUCUUCUGUAACACCAGAUCUUUGUUUCGCACUUUAUGUAAUGGGGUGGUCCCUAUUUGUCGAAACUACAUGGUAUUAUGUUUAGAGGAUUUGUGUUUUAUAUGAUGUUAGACUUUGUUUUGUUUAUAUAAGCCUAUGGAUUAAUAAUUAUGAAUGGUACAUUUUUUGAAAAUUGAAUCUUAUUUUUAUCAUUGGGAUUUAGAUAGAGUUAUUCAAUUUGAUUUCUUCAUUUGAAAUCCUCAAUGUUUGGUUUUACUUAUGUUCAGAUUCAUGACUUUAUGUGUGCAAACGUGCAUAUAACUUAACUAAUAAAAGCUUAUGAUGAAAUGGCAUUUUCUUUUGGUGUUUGCAAUUUUAGGGAUAAGUUUCUUUUAUGCUUCUAUGUACUGCCAUAUAAUAGUCAAAUCAUU